UCAUAUCAAGUACUCGCUUUAUGUAACUGUGUUGCGGGUUGUAGUAACAGUUAAAUGUUAAAAUUUUAAAACUGAUAUAGAUAUAAAUAGUUAUACGUUAUAUUGAAUUUUGAUCUACAAUUAUCCACUUAUAAAUAGCGUUGGCAAUUAAGAUAAAACGCCGGAUAAAUAGUUUCUGGAUAUUUGGAUCUGUACGUUUAGUCUUGAAUCAUGAGUUGUAACGUCCACAAUCGCGGCACAGCGGUUAUUAUAGUGAACAAGAAUUUUAACCGUCUAAACAAGAGGAAGUGGGCCAGCAAAGACUACAAUAACCUAAUGACGAUAUUUUACGAGUUAGGGUUCCGUGUUCAAUUGGUGUGGAAUGCUUCUGCCGAGAGGAUGAGAAGAAUCGUGCGCGAAGCAGCAAGCCUUUGCGACAACAAGAAUAGUGAAUGCUUUGUUCUGGCGAUAAGUUCGCACGGAACUGAGACGUGCAAACCAGGAGCUGGACCAAACGGUGCGAACCUGUACGAACACGCAGUGAAUGGAUCUGAUGAUCAGCUAGUUUUCCUGUUUGAAUUAACACAAAUUCUAGAAAAAGAAACAUCCUUGAGGGGCAAACCAAAAAUCUGUAUUAUUCAAGCUUGCCGAAAUACUCACCACGAUUCAAAGUCUCAAAAGGAUAUGCUCGACACUGGUAUAGCUAUUGGGACGUUAGGGGAUGACGAAAGUGACAGCAAAAAGAAGUCUUCCGUGAGCGAAUCAGAAUACUCUGAUAUCAAGCAAUUCUUUAAAUACGACUCGGAUGAUGAGAGCCAUUCCAGUUCGGUGGCUGAAACGGACGGUCCAGAGCACCUGGCGGCCACGGGAAUCUCGGAUAGUGUUCCCAUAGAUUGUCCUGAAGACUUCUUGAUCGUACAUCCAGUUCAGCCACACAAGAUGUCCUUCCGAGGGUCCAAAAGCGGUUCUUUCUUCGUUAGAUCACUGUUCGAUCAUAGGAAGAUACUAGAAAAAGAGUCAUUGUUGACCUAUUUGACAGAAGUUGCAGGCAGUAUUGCUAACAAGAAUAUCAAAUUCCCUUCAAUCGACAAGAAAGAUCUGUACAAGAUGUGUAUAACAUUAACACAUCGGCUGAAAUCAGAUGUGACCUUCCAUAACAACACAUUUACAAGAGUGAUACCUACGGAAACGUAUAUGGUACACCCCAAUAAUGUGGUCAUGUCGGAAUAA